CACACUGGCAAAACAAUGAUGACGACACAAACAAUUCGCUUUAUAUCUUUCUUGCGGCCUUAAAAAUGCGCAAGCACGCUGGCAGCGCACCGUACCCCCACGUAAUUGGAACAAAUGUUUGCUGAACCACAUCCACUUCUGCCCACUCAAUGUAAGCGCCAACGUCUCUUCCACCGCCGCCGUCGUCGUCGCCGCCGCCGGAUUAUUUUGUUUACAAUUUUGCUUACACAAGUGCAGUCGUCGAAAGCGCUAAGUUUCGGAGUAACAAUACGACCCCGCUCUUUGUCUGCCUAUCGUUUUUGCAUACGCGGCCAGACGCCCACUAGGAACCGAAACGGAAUUCGAAAGCGAAGCCCAGAGUCCAGUGAAAGCGCGUAGAAUUGCCGGCAAGAUGUUGGCCCACUCCGCCCAUGUGAUGACGCUGGCCAACAGCAUCAUUGGCGUCGGCAUCCUGGCCAUGCCCUUCUGCUUCCAGAAGUGCGGCAUCCUGCUGUCCAUCGUGCUCCUGGUGCUGAGCAACGGCAUCACCCGCGUGUGCUGCCACUAUCUUAUCAAAACCUCGCUGCUGACACGUAGGAAGAGCUUCGAGAUGCUGGGUCUCCAUGCUUUCGGCCUGUCCGGCAAGUUGCUGGUGGAGCUGUGCAUCAUUGGCUACCUGAUCGGAACGUGCAUCACGUACUUCGUGGUCGUCGGCGAUCUGGGGCCGCAGAUAAUCGCCAAGAUUUUCACUCUAAACGUGGCGGAUCAUCUGCAUUUGCGGAGUUUGGUCAUGAUAGUGGUCACGGUGGUCUGCAUAGUGCCCCUGGGCAUGCUCCGGAAUGUGGACAGCUUGUCCGCCGUGUGCACCGCCUCCAUUGGCUUCUACGUCUGCCUCAUACUGAAGAUCGUGCUGGAGGCCCAGCCCCACAUCUCGGCCAACGACUGGACUGACAAGGUGCUCUACUGGGAGCCAGCGGGCGUGCUGCAGUGCCUGCCCAUCUUCAGCAUGGCGCUUUCCUGCCAAAUGCAACUGUUUGAGGUCUUUGAAAGCAUAAACAACCAGAGUCUCGACAAGCUAAACGGCAUCGUACGCAAUGCCACUUGGAUCUGUACCUUUGUUUACAUAUCCGUUGGCUUUUUCGGAUAUGUGGCCUUCUGUACACACACCUUUUCGGGUAACAUUCUGGUGAACUUGUCGAACUCCUUUGGCAGCGAUAUCAUAAAAAUAGGUUUUGUGCUGUCGAUUGCCUUUAGCUUUCCUCUGGUUAUCUUUCCCUGCAGGGCCAGUCUCUAUUCGCUCCUAUACAGAAAGGGUCACUCUGAGAGCAGUAGUUACAUACCUGAGCAACGCUUUCGGUUUAUCACUGUCUUCAUUGUUGUCUUUUCGCUAUGCGUGGCAUUGGUAAUUCCUUCAGUGGAGCUGAUCAUUGGAUUGGUGGGCUCUACUAUUGGCGUGGCCAUUUGCAUUAUGUUUCCCGCCUCCAGUUUUCGAAAAAUCAUCAAAAAGGAAUCAAUGGAGCGUACGCUGGCCCAGUUUGUAUUUGUAAGUGGAUUUCUCUUGAUGAUCCUUGGAACCUAUGCCAACCUGAGUGCUAUUGAUGAGAAGAGCUCGGGCCCGGAGUUCGAUAUGGUUCCGAUAGUUACUCCCCUGUAUCCCGAUGGUCAAGUUCCCGCUGUCGUCGGCGAGCUGCCCAAACAUUUGGCCAAAGAUCCAAUUGACAACGAUCAAAAUCUAUUGCUGAAAAAGCUGGAGGUCCAGAACCCAGAAUUAAUAAAGGAAACUGUGGAAGAAAAGAUACUUGACAAGUCAAAGGUAGAGCAAACCGCUUCCUCUGACAACCCACCGCUGCCUCCACUGCCCAUCGAUGAAGUCCAUGUAGUCCCCAUAGAUAGUAAUAAUGGUGAAAGUGAUCUUAAAAAACAACCAGAUACUGUCAUAGCCGUAAACCCACCAGAAGCCAAACCAGUCGAUGUCAACCUGACCGCAGAUAAGCCCAAGGAGAAGCCCCCUGCUCUAGUGGCAGCACUGCUGGAUAAUCCGAAGGACGGAUCCAGUCCGUUAGUAGCAAGCAACACAAUUGAUGGAGCGGCCAUCAAAAAAGAAGAGGAAGUUGCUGCCGAGGAGCAAAAGGAGAGUAAAGCUAGUGCGGAUGAGCUGCUCAAGACGCAGAAAGAGCUUAAAGAGACCAAGAAACUGCUGGCCAAAACAGUGGGCGAGUUGAACGAAGAGCUGGCGAAAAACAAUCCACUUAGCCAGGGACCUUUGGAGAUAGAAAAGAAGGAUCCCUUAGAGACCGUUGGUAAAGUUGCUGAAGAGGCAAAGAAACUGGAAGAUUUGCAUAAGGAGUCACCUGUUGCAAAGAAAAAAGACGUGCGCAAACCCAAGGCAUCCUUAAUGGACAUACUUACCGAAAAUACUCAUUUACGCGAUGAGAAGGAAGCCCAUGCCGGCGUUUUCGAACCUCUCUCCUACAAAACCGGCGAGUUACUCAGGAACACAAGCAUAGACACAGCCGCUCUAAUCAAACGAUUACCUAUCCCUUUGGCCCUAAUGGUAAAUGCAACUCAGCCCAAGGCGAUAAAUGACACGGAAAUUAAGAAGCCCAACCUUGAAGACAACGUGGAAGCCAUCCGCCGGGAGCUGCUUAACCUUCGAACUUCGAAAGAUUCGACGGAGCAACCACCGACGAGAGUUAAACGUCAGGCUGCCGAGGAGGAAAACUGCCUCCGUCAGCCUAAACUCGAUGAAGUGAAUAACAAUGUGGCCGCAGCUGCCUUAAGCUUGAACUUGGAGAGUAUUGGACGCGAUCUCAAGUCCAUCAAAGAUUACGAUGCCGAGAUAACCACUGAAAACGAAUCCUACCAAGCGAGUCCAAAUGGAACCCAAACUCCGCUGCUUACGUAAUGUGGAUAGUCUAAAAGUUAUGCAAAGCUUUAUGUACAUAAACUUUACAAGUAUUUAUUUAGUUUAUAAGAGAUUAUAGACUACAGGUAUAUACAUACAAAUAUAUACAGUUCAUAUGA